AUUUGGGAAUUCUUAUUCACUGACAAUUCCUCAUCCUUGAGCUUAUAACUGAUCUCAUCUUGAAAUGUUGCUGGGGCACAUUUUUGUUUGCAGUAUUUUCUCAUGAAACCAGGAGCUCCACAGGCAGUUACUAAGGAUGAAUGAACGAACGCUGCCAAUGCAUCUCACAGCACCAUACGUUCAUAGCAGUGGACCACUAUCAUGGCCAAACAUUUCUGGACACUGUGCUUCUUGAGCAUCCUAUUCCUGAUUUAGUUCCAUCUUUGCUGUUCCACUCAUCUGGGAAGGUUUUCCACUAGAUGUUGGAGAUUUGUGUCCAUUCAGCUACAAGAGCAUUAGUCAGAUCAGACACUGAUGUUGAGUGAAGAGGUCUGGGGUGCAGUCAGUGUUCUGAGAUCUGCGCAGGACACUCGAGUUCUUCCACUCUAACCUCGGCAGACCAUGUCUUCACGGAGCUUGCAUUUGGGGAGUAACCACAUAUAGGGUCACAGGGAUCACAGAUGCCAAUCGGCCAACAACACAUGUCUUGGGGACAUGGAAGGGGGCGGAACCCAGAGUACCCAGAGGAACCCACCGAAGCUUGCAUCUCUCACUUCAUUGCUGCUCAUGAAGCCUGUCACCCUUCGUUUCCUUUCAUACUACUUCAAGAACCACAAAGCAUUAGUAGUGUUUUGGUAAGCCAGUCCUUCUCAGCAGCAGAGAGUAAGAGAUGACGGUGACAUACUCGCGCAGAGUUGCCGAUGCCCGCCUUGGGACCUUCUCUCACCUGCUACUGCGUUGGAAAGGAAGCAUUUACAAGCUGCUAUACAGAGAGCUGCUCAUCUUCAUUGUGCUUUAUUACAUCAUCAGUGUCCUCUACAGAUUCCUCUUGGAUGAUGGGCAGAGAAGGAUGUUUGAGAAACUCGCCAUCUACUGUGAUCAGUAUGCACAACUCAUCCCUGUAUCAUUUGUCCUGGGUUUUUAUGUGACCCUGGUGGUAUCUCGCUGGUGGGGACAGUAUGAGAGCAUCCCAUGGCCAGAUCGCUUGGCAAUGUUGGUGGGUGGACAUGUACGGGGGGCAGAUGAAGGUGCCAGGCUGAUCCGCAGGAGUCUGGUGCGUUAUGCCAACCUGUCUGGCAUCCUCAUCUACCGGUCUGUCAGCACUGCUGUCUUUAAGAGGUUUCCCACCAUGCAGCACCUGGUACAGGGCGGACUGAUGACAGCAGAGGAACUGAGGCAGCUGGAAGAGCUGCCUUCUCCUCAUAAUAAAUUCUGGGUUCCUUGCGUGUGGUUUGUGAAUCUGGCACUGAAAGCACGGACAGAGGGACGCAUCAACAAUGAUGUCGCACUCUCUGCCAUUCUAAACGAGUUAAAUACGUUGCGCUCACAGUGCAUGAAGCUGUACAGUUAUGACUGGAUCAGUCUGCCACUUGUAUACACUCAGGUGGUAACUGUGGCUGUAUACAGUUUCUUCUUGGCUUGUCUGAUUGGUCGGCAGUUUCUCGACCCUGCUCAGGGCUACCAGGGUCACAACCUCGACUUCUAUCUUCCUGUCUUCACACUGCUGCAGUUCUUCUUUUAUGUUGGCUGGCUCAAGGUGGCAGAGCAACUUAUCAAUCCAUUCGGGGAAGAUGAUGAUGACUUUGAGACAAACUGGCUGGUGGAUCGCAACCUACAGGUGUCUUUGCUGUCAGUUGAUGAAAUGUAUGAUCUGCUUCCGAUGAUAGAGAAGGAUAAAUACUGGAAUGAAUCAGAGCCCCAGCCGCCGUAUACAGCUGCCAGUGCUGAACACCAAAAACCCUCUUACAUGGGCUCUGCUCUGGACAUCAGUGUUCCUAAAGAAGAGAUGGAGUUCCAGCAUAACCUGGAGCAGAUCAAGGAGCAUGAGGAAGCCAACCACUCCACUCCUCUUCUGGGCAAUCUGACUCGUUUGCUUGGUGUGCAGUCACCUAAUUUUCAUCGGUCUUCUAAUACUUCUUCAUCCUCUAGGCUUUCUCUCCUCCGCCGCCGCCCACGUGCUCCUUUUAGCCGCUUCCCUCUCUAUUUGCAUCCUGAAGACCCUGUGAUGCACAACCAGAAUCAAAAUCCACCUGAAUAUGACAUGGCUGAGUUUGCUUUUUCCUCUAUGCCACUUUAUGAGAGACCUGGUUUCUAUAGUUGCCCUCAGACACCCAUCCACUGUGUGCCUCCACCUGUUAACCGUCCUCGCCCACCACGAAGAGCACAGGGCGAUCUGGCACACAGCACCAGCUCAGUUUCUCACCCUCUGCUAGGCUCACAGCUGCUGCCUCCUGAUACGCCAGGCCGCCAGGCCCGUGCCACAGGCUUCAGUGGGAUGGGAGAGGACAGCUCUGAAAACCCUUCUGCAUCCACUUUCUCUUUCCCGGAUCCUGUAGCAGAGAUGUGUCCUUCAAGCAAAGUGUGGCCAAAUCAGGUGCUAAUGUCCCAUCGUCCCCAACCUACUUGUCUCUCGAUGGACACUUCUCCUCCAACAGAAGGACAGCUGGGACCCUUAAGUGCCCGUGCAGUGAGUGGAGGUGGAGAGAGAGUGUUCUCCUUCACUCCACCCAUACGAAACCCUAUUCAGAGCAGCAUGAGCUCAGGGUGCAUAAACACAUCCAGCACAGCCAACAGCAAAACCAACAAUACAAACAACAGCAUGGGUAACCUGUGUAGUCUCACAGCUCUUGCAUGUGGCUCGAGCAGCAACACAAGACUCAUCAACAGAAGCACUGUUGCACUGACUAACUCAGCCAGUCCCAUCACUCCUACUACUGCAAACACAACACAGCAAACAACCAGUCAGCACAAUACCCCCAAGGAUUCUGGGAUCUCUUUAUCUGAGGAGGAUUUACUGGGAGGUUUAGUGUUACAGAAUGGAUCUGCAAUACCCAGUGGGGUGCAGGAACAGUUCUGAAGGAGGAUGAAGAGUUCCUUCUUUAUGCUGCAAGUAAAGGUGACCAAAAUAUAUGUUUACAACACAAAAGUACAAACAAUGGAACAAUUCCCCCUGUCACAAUCAGAUAAUCUGUGGCAUGAUAAGCAUAUGGAUUAGAACAUGGCUAAUGAUGAUAAGACCACCUGGUAAUGGAAGUCCACCCGCACAGGGAGAUUGGCAGCAGCUUGUGUGAUAUUUAGUAAGCAAUCACAAAAUAGCAACCUUAACAUAGUAUUUCAGCUAAUGUUAAUGCGAGUGUUAGGAAAAGCAAUCUGAAAGAAGACACACAUAUUAAAACAACAUUUAAAACAUAUUUUGUAUAUGAUGCAUGUGUCUUUUGCUUUCCUAUUGCAUUUAACAAUAGUAUUUUUAAAAGUUUUGUUUUAUUUACUAUAUUAUUUACUUUAUUCACCUGUAUUUUUUAUAAUUAAUGAUCAAUAUCUUAAACUCCCUGAAUUGCUUUUUUCCAAAAUUAUAUAUAAAUAUUUGUUGUUUACAGUGUGGUUUAAUUUACUGAUAAGUGUCAACUAAAAAAGAAACAAAAAAAAAGAAAGAAAAGGAAAAAAACGUUUACUAAAUGCAAAAAUAUGAACAAUUGCCAUGUUAUUACAUUUGUCGAUAUUUUCAUGUCCUCAUAAUAAGUGCUGGUUGUUUCAUUAGAAAUUUGUCCUGAA